GACUUUUUUGAAAAUUAUAAGCGACUAACUAUUUAAUGUGAAAGCGAGGGAUUGAAACGAAAAGAAAAAGAAAAACGGAACAAAGUUACUUUUUGAAACUAUUCUUGGAGCGUACUACCUUCAAGAAUUCCAAAAUUCUUUCCCGGAAAAAGUUCACAAACUCUACAAAAUUUCAGUUUGGUAACUGAGAAACUGGUAGCUCCUCGCUCUCGCUCUCAGUCGGAUCAGUCACUCCUCUUUCCUAUUAUAUUGCAGAAAUACCAAGGUUGAGGAUUCCAAUUCAAGUUUCAAUUUCAACCAGAGUAGCUAAAUGGCUACUUCUUUGGUUCACUCCCACAAAAUCAUGAAAAGGCUAGAAUCAAAGAAGUCCCAUUCCUGGUGGUGGGAUAGCCACAUUAAUUCUAAAAAUUCUAAAUGGCUCUUUGAGAAUCUUGAAGAGAUGGACAAGAGUGUGAAACGGAUGUUGAAGCUGAUUGAGGAAGAUGGUGAUUCAUUUGCAAAGAAGGCUGAGAUGUAUUACCAAAAGCGGCCAGAAUUAGUUUCUCAUGUUGAGGAGUUCUAUCGCAUGUACCGGUCACUGGCUGAACGUUAUGAUCACGUGACAGGAGAAUUGAAGAAGAACAUUCCCUCGGAUCUCCAUUCCCAGAGCUCUACAAUGUCUGAUAAUGGCACUGACCUGAAUGUUGUGUGGCCCUCUCCUGAUCAAAAGGUAAGCCGCCGAAAAUCUAGUACACGAGCGGCUGGUUUUGAUUUCUUUCUUGGCUCGGGUGGCAACUCUGAUAACUACCAGAGAGAAGGAGAUGAAUCAUCUACUUUGACAGAUUCUGAAGCAGAAUCUGAUGAUUCCUCGGUCAACAAUUAUUCUGGACUUUUCGGAAAUGUUGGCGGUGGUGAUCAAGUGUUGCAAAGAAGGAUAUUUGAGCUGGAAAAUGAGCUUCGCGAAGUGAAACUGAAGCUCCGGCUCCAAGAGGAAGAUAAUGUGGAUAGCAGCAGCUCAUCAAGGGGAUGUAAAAGCGACUACUCUGAAGAUUCUUUUGCUAGAAUUGCCGGAUACGAACAAGAGUUAAGGUUUGCAAAUGAGAAAAUUCAUAACUCGGAAGAAGAGAUUUCUAGAUUGAAGAUUGAGCUCCGAAAAUGCAUGUCUUCCGAAAUCGAUUUAUCUUUGCCUGAAUCAUCAGAACAGAAAGAGGUCGAAGCACGGGAGAUGGAGUUCGAGGAACAAGAAGAAUCAGUGUGUCAAGUAAGUGGUGGUUUGGAAGAAGAUGUUAACUCAGACAGCAAGAUUCAGGCUUUGGAGAAAGAGCUGAGAAUCACAAAAAGCAAGCUUCAAGUUUCAGAGAAUGAAAUUACUAGUUUGAGAUAUGAACUUGAAAGAAAUAAAUCGUCUGAAAAGCUUUUGCAGAACAAGCUUGAACUUGCUCAGAAAGAUGUUGCUACAUAUAAAUCCAUGCUUAAUGUGGAAAAAAGGGAGGUUAUGAAGUUAAAGGAAAGAGUUUCAAGGCUGAAGAGUAGUUUGUCCGAUCGGGAUCAUGAGGCCAGGGAUUUGAAACAAGCAGUAUCAGAUGCUGAGCAAAAGAUAUUUCCUGAAAAAGCACAAGUCAAGGCCGAAAUAUCUAAAUUACUCGAGGAACGUGUUCGAUUUGAGCAACAGCUUAAGGAUAUAGAAAACCAGGGACGGUGUUUAGAGGAGGAGAUUAGAAAGAUCAAGGCCGAAAAGUCCGAGAUGGAGGAGAGACUUAAUGGUGUAAUUGAGAAGCUGAAGGCAGAAAUGGUAGAGAGAGAUAACAGCAUUGAAACUUUGAAUAAGAGCAUUGAUUCUCUGAUAGUUGAAAGUGAUGAUUUAAAUUCAAGAGUUUUGACACUUAAAGCAAAUGUUAGCUCGAGAGAUGAUCAGAUAGAUCAAUUGAACAAACAAUUGGUAGAGGCUGAAGGGGCACAAAAACUAGUAAAGGAUCUGAAUUCAAGAACUCGGGAACUGGAGGAGGAAGUUGAGAGGCAAAGGGUUGAAAUUUUGGAUGGAGCAGAAGAAAAAAGAGAGGUCAUAAGGCAGCUGUGCUUCUCUAUUGAACAUUACAGGGAUGGAUAUGAAAGGCUUCGGCAGGCCUUUGUAGGACACAAGCGACAGCGAGUUCCAGUUUUGGCAACGUAAAACAUUUGUAUCAUAUAUUUGUCGAGAGUGCUUAUCUAGCUAUUGGGUUGAAGCUUUAUGACAGUCUCGUUUGUUGCAAUAUAAAUGUUUGGUUUCUUUUACUUAUGCAUAUGUCAAUAUAGAAUGCAAGAUGUAACAGAAACCCCUUCUUGGGGACCAUUUGAGUGCCUGGAAUGCCCUGAAAGUCUAGAACAAGGAUUAUAAAGCUUGUCUAGUUUAUUCAGUUAAAUUAUUGAUGCCUUGGAUCCGGGCCCAAAUGUAAAAGUUUGGCUAGCUAUACCAGUGGUUGUGGUUGCAAUUUAUAAGGUCCCAACACAUUUUAUUA